UAUUACGUUCUAGAAAUUGUCUGCCCUGAAGUUGGUCCGAUUGAAAAUGGUCAAGUACAUGGCUCUGGUUUGACUGUUGGAAGCCAGGUCAGGUUCACCUGCAACGGGGACUAUAGUUUAGAUGGCACUUCUGUUCAAACGUGUGGUAAUAAUGGCCAUUGGUACCCAACACAAAGACCGUCCUGUCAAAAAUGCGGGCUGCCUAUUACGCCAUUCAACCAUGGCUCAAUGAUUGUUUCAGUUGAGAACGAACGAACUAAGACGAUUUCGUACUCUUGUGACAGCGGAUAUCGCAUGAAGGGCGAAAACACACAAACUUGUUCUUUUUCUAUCGGAUUAUGGAAGCCGAGUGUUGCGCCCGUAUGUUUGAAGACUUGUGCAACUCCAGAACCUCCACGAAAUGGUCUUAUAACGUCAUUACAAAAUCUAUUUCAUGGAUCUAGAGUUGUUUACGAAUGUAAAGAUGGUUAUGAAUUGGAAGGACUUGCACAUCAGACAUGCGCAAAUGGAAGGUGGACACCAUCAAAACCUGAGUGUAUCUUAUCGACGCUGGAUAGUUAUUCAUUCUUUUCAUCAUUACAGUAAAUUGAAACUUCACAUAAGAUUACAUGAUCUAUUCAUGAUUUAAUAAUUAUAAAAAUAAUAAUGAAAACAAUAAUGUUAGUCAUGCUGUGCAAUUCCAAGUUAUAUUGUGCUAAACGACAUUACCACAGUUCAGAGGAUAAAACACUUUAUGAAACACAUAGCAGGCUUCCUUGAAAGUAUUAGUAAAUAGUGCAGAAUUGCAAGAGGUCAGACUAUCAAGGUUUUGUACGGAAUCCUAUCUCAAAAAUUUAACAAAAACUAGAGGGCGCCUUUCAGAAGACGCAAGUUUCGAUCUGACUGUAUUUGUAUUCUAAUAGGGUGGGACGCCCCCUACCCAUUGGUAGUACUAGUUCUUGUUUCAUUGCAUACAUGCAAAAUAGGGGCAGUCGGACCUCCUGCAGUUCUACACGCUUUUGUAUUACAGUAGAUACUAAGUAAACGCACUUUGGCACUGGGUAUUAGCUCGGUUGUUUCCGUUUUAUUAACAAAAAUGCAUGACAAGUGUGAUUUGGCACUGACUCCGUGAGGCAGGCCAGGUUCAUCUGUUAGUAAAAAAAAAAUGGUGCACGACUAAAGCGGUGUCCACACUAUCAAAUUUUCUGUUAACAAAAAACUGUUAUGCCCAUAUACAGUCAUGAUGUGCCCAUAUACAGUCAUGAUGUUCCCAUAUA